GGCCCGGAGAAGGGUCUCGGUUCCUGGCAGUGCGCCCCGGGACCAUCCUUGACCUGGACCACAUCUGACCAUUUUCCUGGGCGCGACCGUUCCUCCCCGCCCAGCCCCGCGCCCCGACACUUGUGCGCUGCUACGGUGCCCUCGCCGUUCCCCAGCCACAGAGGGGGAGCGCGCACCGGGGGUGGAGAGAGAAGGGGUGCGCCGCUGCAAGGCACCCACCUUGGGAGCCCGGGAAAUCCCGGCUGCCACCAGGGGCCGCGCCACCCCGCUCACGGGACCGAGGCUUCCGGCGCGCCCCCAACUUUGUGGAGACCUCAAGGCAGCAGCGGACAGGAUGGAGCUGCCUCCCCGAGGUCGGGCGCCGCCCGACUCGCCGCUGGACAGCUGCUCCCUGACCUCGCUAGACUCCAGCGUCUUUUGCAGCGAAGGCGAAGGGGAAGCCCUGGCCCUAGGGGACUGCUUCACCGUCAACGUGGGUGGCAGCCGCUUCGUGCUCUCGCAGCAGGCGCUGUCCUGCUUCCCGCACACGCGCCUUGGCAAGCUGGCGGUGGUGGUGGCCUCGUGCCGUCGCCGAGGGGCCCUGGCCGCGGUGCCCAGCCCCUUGGAGUUCUGUGACGACGCCAACCCGGUGGACAACGAGUACUUCUUCGACCGCAGCUCCCAGGCUUUUCGCUAUGUCCUGCACUACUACCGCACAGGCCGCCUGCACGUCAUGGAACAGCUGUGCGCGCUCUCCUUCCUGCAGGAGAUCCAGUACUGGGGCAUCGACGAACUCAGCAUUGACUCCUGCUGCAGGGACAGAUACUUCAGAAGAAAGGAGCUGAGCGAAACUUUAGACUUUAAGAAGGACACCGAAGACCAGGAAAGUCAACACGAGAGUGAGCAGGACUUCUCAGAAGGACCUUGUCCCACUGUCCGCCAGAAGCUCUGGAACAUUCUGGAGAAACCUGGGUCUUCCACGGCUGCCCGAAUCUUUGGAGUCAUCUCCAUCAUCUUUGUGGUGGUGUCCAUUGUCAACAUGGCCCUGAUGUCAUCUGAGUUAAGCUGGCUGGACCUGCAGCUGCUGGAAAUCCUGGAGUAUGUGUGCAUUAGCUGGUUCACCGGGGAGUUUGUCCUGCGCUUCUUCUGCGUUCGGGACAGGUGCCGCUUCCUGAGAAAAGUGCCAAACAUCAUAGACCUCCUUGCCAUCUUGCCCUUCUACAUCACUCUUCUGGUAGAGAGCCUGAGUGGGAGCCAGACGACUCAGGAGCUGGAAAACGUGGGCCGUAUCGUCCAGGUGUUGAGGCUGCUCAGGGCUCUGCGCAUGCUCAAGCUGGGCAGACAUUCCACAGGGUUACGCUCCCUCGGGAUGACAAUCACCCAGUGUUAUGAAGAAGUCGGCCUACUGCUCCUAUUUCUGUCGGUGGGAAUUUCUAUAUUUUCAACUGUGGAAUAUUUUGCUGAGCAAAGCAUUCCCGACACAACCUUCACAAGUGUCCCUUGUGCAUGGUGGUGGGCCACAACCUCCAUGACUACCGUGGGGUAUGGGGACAUUAGACCAGACACCACCACAGGCAAAAUCGUGGCCUUCAUGUGUAUAUUAUCAGGAAUCCUUGUCUUGGCAUUGCCUAUUGCUAUUAUUAACGAUCGUUUUUCUGCUUGCUAUUUCACCUUAAAGCUCAAGGAAGCAGCUGUUAGACAGCGUGAAGCCCUAAAGAAGCUCACCAAGAAUAUAGCCACUGACUCAUAUAUCAGUGUUAACUUGAGAGAUGUCUAUGCCCGGAGCAUCAUGGAGAUGCUGCGAUUAAAAGGGAGAGAAAGAGCAAGUACGAGAAGCAGUGGAGGAGAUGAUUUCUGGUUUUGAAUUUACCUACAUUUUAUUUACAAAAGCUUGUGUAAAACUAAUAUGAUUGAUCAAGCCUUGAUAUGGAUGUUUGUA